AUGGCUUUGAAGCUGUCACCCUUUGCUGCCGGCUCGUCGGCGCAGCUGCUCCGUUUGGUCUUCCUUGCUUCCCUGGCACUCUCUUUGGAAAGAUGCCUUUGCUGGGAGAACUCCAUGAUGAGCAUGAUACCAAGGGCUCGGGCGCAGACGCUGUGUAGGGUCCUUGGUGGGAUCGAGGGGAAGCAGUUCGAGAACGAAGGCUGCCUCCAGGCUUCAGACCAGCAACUGGGUAUGCUGCAAGAACUCAAGAACUUGGCCUCCGAGCAAGAAGCUCUUGCCCAUGAGUCCGGCCAAAGCCUCGACCGAAAGCUCCAGCAUUUGGAGACAUCACUGGAGUUCAUCCGCUAUGCCGAGAAGCACGGAGCCGACAUAAACGUCAAAGGUAAAGCCUAUGCCCGAGUAAGCAAAGGUGGUGUGUGGUGGGCGCUUCGUACCAACAGGCAGGCAUUCCGGAAGAAGGAAGUGAAACACAUCAUCAUCACUGCUUUCAAGGCCAUGGGCAUAGCCUUCGGCAAGAAAUCGUGA